AUGGAGAAAGACCGUGGACUGACCCCCGCUCUCGAGAUUCUUGCGAGCGCCAGGCAUGCGAGUGAGGAAAUGCUUUCUAUCUAUCUCCUCACCGUACUAGCCUCGCUCGCGUCGAGCGACGUGAAGUCACAGAAGCCCGAAUUCUUGAAGCCCUGGCGCCCAUUCACCGCUGUCGCCAUCGGUGACACAUUGAGACUCAGCUGUAAGGCCUCGAAUGCUCAGAACUACAAUUGGACAUUCGACGAACACUUCAGGAGAUAUCUCGGCAGAGAAGUUGUCAUCGAUGAGCACGACCUAACUCUUCGGAGAAUGACACGAGACGAGGCCGGAAAGUAUACGUGCACCGCAUCGAACGAAUUUGGAUCCGUUUCGCAAACGAUCGAAGUGGAAGUCACAGAGCUUUCGAACACGAAGCCCGUCAUAUACGAAAGGUAUCUCCAAAACCAGACUGUUUACAUUGGAGAUGACCUCACGCUGCCCUGCGACGCGGUUUCGGCGCUCACACCAUCAGUUCUCUGGGUCUUCCGGCCCACUGCCGUGGAGGACUCUGCGACGGAGGAGCUCGGGGUCAUGACAGUUUUGGAGCUCCGCAACGUGACGAAGGAAAACGAGGGUCUGUACAAAUGCAUCGUGAUGAAUUCCGCGGGUGAGAGCAGUCACGAGCUAUUCGUCGAGGUUCUACCCAAGCCCGAAGCACCGUUUCUUGUCCCGUCAAUCGCCACCGACCCUGUUUACCGCAAUUACCUGUUCUUGUCCAUCCUCAUCCCAAUCGCGCUGCUUGUGAUCUUCUGCGCAGUCGUGCUCGGCGCGCGUCGAGCGCAUAAGCAUCUGGAAAGGGACCGAGUGGUGCAAUUGCAGCUCCUGCAGGAACAGGUUUGCGUUCUGAGGCGGCGCAUAACCGUGGAAUACGGGAGCCGACCGGACUUUUCUUCAACGCCGACGACGACCUCGGACUCGCUAAGUCCGCUCUACCCUAGAGUGAAAGUGACUCGCAUACCGAUUUACGUUUCCAAGUCAGACGGUCAGGAAUCUUUCUCUGAGUACGAACUACAACUCGAUACGCGCUGGGAAUUCCCUCGGGAUCGGCUCGUUCUGGGACAAAGCCUCGGUCACGGAGCUUUCGGUCAAGUUUUCAAAGCGACUGCCUACGGCAUUCGAAGCUCCGAGACGAGCUCUGUGGUGGCAGUGAAAAUGUUGAAACCAGGGUUCACUGAUCAGGAAAUGAUCGAUCUCGUGUCGGAAAUGGAGGUCAUGAAAGUAAUCGGGACACACAUGAAUAUAAUCAAUCUGCUGGGCUGUUGCACGCAGAACGGGCCACUGCAAGUAAUUGUCGAGUACGCUCCAGGGGGAAAUCUCCGGGAUCAUUUACGGAGAUGCAGACUCGAGCCUGAGUAUCUGGAACCGCUCGAAGCUCGAGAUGGAGCUCCUCGGGGAUCGAGAUGUUCUCUGGAGAACCUGGUCUCCUACGUUUUCCAAGUGGCCAGGGGCAUGGAGUAUCUCGCUUCGAGAAAAUGUGUCCACAGAGAUCUCGCAGCUCGGAACGUUCUGCUGGCGAACGAUGGAAUCUGCAAAAUCGCCGACUUCGGACUCGCGAGGGAUCUUUUGGACUCGGGAUAUUAUCACAAAACGACCAACGGAAGACUCCCUGUCAAGUGGAUGGCGCCGGAAGCUCUUUUCGAUCAGAUUUACUCGUCAAUGAGCGACGUGUGGUCUUUCGGAGUGCUUGUUUGGGAAGUGAUGUCCUUCGGUGGUACUCCUUACAGCUGUUUGGCACACGCUGAGAACCUGUUCGAUUUUUUGAAAGCUGGGAAGAGAUUGGAAAAACCUGUGGAGUGCCCCGAUGAAAUAUACGGAUUGAUGCUAGCUUGCUGGAACGAGAGCUCACACGCACGUCCCUCAUUCUCUCAUCUUGUCGAACGACUCUACGCUCUGCUCCUCGAUAUGUGCGCAAACGUGGAUUACCUGGAUCUCAAUCCGUGCUCUGAACGGACGCCCGUCGCGGAUGGGGCUCGGAUCCCCCUCGAUACUUUGAAAACUGAUCUCAGGGAGAACGAAGGAACGAAGGGAAUCGUCGCCUACGAACAACCGGAAUACUUCAUGAGCCGUUCCUGA